AUGAGGAUUGGGUCCUUUGUGACACUCGCAUGUAUUGAGCCAAAGAUAUUUGCGAAAAUAAGGAGUUGUGGGUUGUGGCAACUUGGUCAAUCGAUAACUCGCCGUCUGGCCCAGGAUAAGAAAACUAUAGUUCGUCGAUACUUUGCAUCAGAAGCUGAGCUCAAGAAGACAACUCUUUAUGAUUUCCAUGUUGCUAAUGGGGGGGAGAUGGUUCCAUUUGCUAGUUGGAGCAUGCCAAUCCAAUACAAGGACUCAAUUAUGGACUCUACAUUAAAUUGCAGGAAACCUGGUAGUCUAUUUGACGUUACUCAUAUGUGUGGUCAAAGCCUCAAAGGAAAGGAUUGUAUUCAUUUUCUUGAAAAGCUGGUGGUUGCUGAUGUUGCCGGUCUUGCACCUGGUUCUAGGACUUUGACAGUCUUCACUAAUGAGAAUGGAGGGGCUAUUGAUGAUUUAGUGAUCACCAUGGUGAUAGAUGAUCGCAUAUACUUGGUCGUGAAUGCUAGAUGCAGAGAUAAGGAUCUUGCUCAUAUUGAGGAACAUAUGAAGGCAUCACGUCAAAAGGUGGGGAUGUGUCGUGGCACAUCCAUGAUGAGCGGUCUCGUCUGGCUCUCCAAGUGA